UUUAAAUAUCUUCAGAAUGAAAACAGACCAAGCUGCUGUAACAAAAUUACUUCAACAAUGGGACCAUGGAUCAAAGAGUGUACGUUCAAAAUUCUGCAAGAUUUUAUCGCUCAAAACCAAGGAAAAACUGGCCCAGAACUGGAACUUGAAUUUGCCCAUGCAGCAAGUUUGUUUCUAACAAGGCUGACAGCAUGGUUACGGCUAACGUAUCCUUUACAAGUCUAGGGUUGGUAUUGAUAAGUUGUUAAUAGGAAAUACGCACACAUCGAGGGAUGCAACAGGGUGCCCAGAUAAUCAAGAUUUCUUUUUUAAUUACUGUUGAAAUACAUUUAGUUUCAAUAUACCGAUUUCGAUAUGUUAAAAUUCAAACGUGGCUUCUAGGCUUGGGUGAAUAAAAUACAUGAAAAAACUUUGAAGUUCAGGAAUUAAUAAAAAUUAUUUUCCUUUUGUUUCAUUUACCCAAGCCUUGUAUCCAAGUUUGAAUUCCAGUAUACUGAAAUUGGUCUUUUGCAUGCCAACUACCUCUUGUGUUAUAAGGGCAAGAAUCGAAAGUUGAUUGAAAAUUAAGAUUUCUACAAAGAGUGUUGUUGGAAAAAUGUUAUCAGGGUGCAAAGAAAGUCAUUUUUGCAGUUUUUCAUUUGAGCAAACUGAAGCUAGCAUUUGAUUUACUGGUGCAAACGUCAUUUCAACUAGCUCCAAAAACUUGUUUACAAGUAAGAUUGAUUUCACAGUUCUAUUGUAAUUGGAAUUCCUUAAAAAACUUCACUUGCUUGUCGGUCAAGUUAAGAAAAGAAUAGCAAAAGCCACUAGCCCCUAGAUAUCGGACACUACUUUCUUUGCACACUACGUCAUGCAAAACUAAUGUAAACCCUUACCCUUAGGUCCUCACAGGUUAGUGUACAGUCAACUCCCUCUAAGAUGGACACCUUGGAGACCAAUUCCAUGCGUGCGUCCAUCUUAUAUAGAGAGUCAACUAAAAGGAGUAAAGAAAGGCAGGGACUAACUCUAGGUGUCCAUUUUAGUGAUGUGUCGGUCUUAUAGUGAUGUCCAUCAAGGGAGAGCUGACUAACAUUGUUAAUAUCCUUGACAUACUAUCUUGCACUACAAAAGUUACAUGCUUGGGACGUGUGUUCAGUUACAGCUUCAAGCCAUCGCUAUUUUUGUUGGCUCAUCAAGCGGGUGAGUCUGUCUUUACUGUCUUUUCUAUAUCCCAGGGAGAGUACUCCGGAUUUCAAGUGACGGGGCUGAUCAAAUGGGGGCAAAAAUCAAACGCCCCCCAAAAAUCCAUAGGGCUUCCAACAAAGCCGAAAAAAAUCCCUGGACCAAAAAUUAGCCCCAAAAAUGUCCCAUGCCAAAUUUCCAAGCCCAGAAUAAUGUUUUUUGUUUUUGUUUCUUUCAGGCAUAAAUUUUUGGCAGAGUUCUUGGAAGUUGGUGGUGUUUUAACUGUUCUUGAAAUUCUUGGCCUUAAGCAGGCAAAGGAGGUAACAUUCUAUCUUCCUUAAUGCAUAUAAUGUUCAAGCGUGGAUCCAGGAACUCAAGUGACUGUUAUUGCAAGCACUAAAGGGUCUUUAAUUGAAGAGGCUCUAGGUCUUGCAUCGCCAAGAAAGUUUUGUAAAUUUUAACACUUGCAAAAAUCAUUUCAUUUUAUUCUCAACAAUUUAACCAUUAAAUCUGUACAAUGGUUGAAACCAUUCUUAGGCUCUUUGCCUGAUAUAUUAAUUUACAUAGAGAAACCCUAAAAUGUUAAUGAACGUGGUGUUAAACUAUCUUACACAAGCUGAGAAUAGCAAAGCUAAAAUUCAUGCAUUUGCAGAAGUCAAGAGUGCUUCCAAGCAAGGUAAAAGCAAAGAAGGUUUUUCCUAGGCUUGCCAAGUGUUAUCUUUGCCUUACUGUGUAGUUUUCUAAUUUUGACAUGUGUGCAUAUAGGAAGACAAAGCCCAGGCAUUAAAGGUGUUGAUGUGUGUCUCAAACUCUGGCAGAAGAUACAAAGAACUAAUUUGUGAGAGCUUUGGUAAGGGAAGUGUAAGAAAUCCUAUCAACUAAACAUACAAAUAGAAUGAGCUUAAUUCCAGACAUUCUCUGGUAAAACUCAUGAAGAUUAUGGUGGAUAAAAACUGCCUGGCAUUGGAGGGAAGGUGUAGAAGAUGAUCAAGAAAACUCGGAAAAAGUGAUCUGUAAAAGCUGUUCCUAGAAUGUAACUUCAUUCCCUACAGUAUCACUACCUUUUACGGAGACCUUCAUUCACUUUAACUGAAAAGUUUAGACUCAUAGAGAUUGCAAAUUAUGUAAGACAUUUGCUUAUGAAAUAAGGAAGAGAAAGGAAUGGGGCAUUAUUGCCCCUCCCUGUAAAAUAAAGCCCCCUUCCCCCUCUUCCCCAUAGAUCUACUAAUGGAGUUGCUAUCAGUGAUAAGUGAGAGUGAUCACACUCUUUUAAAUGUUUGUUCCAAGGUAUCAGGGCUGUAGCUGAAUGCUUGGCAAAGUCAAAUUCAGAGGAGACCCAAGAUUGUGCCAGAAAUUUACUACAACAACUCUCUAGUGUAAGUAAUUUUCAGUUUUUGUGUUCUUGAAAUGGCCAAAGAUAAUGCAGUGUAAUCUCUAUGUGCUUUGACCUCUCAUAAGCAACCCCUUUUACAAUUAGUAAUCACCUAUCCAAAAGAGCAAAGUCAGUUUUCCACUCCUAAGGCACUUUAGUCAAAACCUCUUGAAUUAUUUUGAAACAUUAAAUGUUUCAAAAUAAUUCAAGAAGUACCGGUACAAAUGUAAGCAUAUAAGUAUAAGUACCGGUACCUAAGAUGGUAUUGAAGAUGAUGACGAUGAUCGAUUAUCAGACAAUGAGAGCAAUAAUCGUGACAAGAAGAUAAGCAGGGCUGUCAUUAAGAGCCGGGGGCUGGGGAUUUCCCUCGGCAAUUUUGAGUGUGGCCACCACGCUGGCUACUUAUAUCGGAAAAUAGUAGAGAAAUGGAACCAAAAGAAAUCCCUAGCUGUUUGAUUCCCUGCCUACUUGUUGUAUUUACCCGGCAACUUGAAAUCUUAGUGACAACCCUGAUAAGUGACUGCGAUUAUGAUUAUGAUGAUACGUGAUAAAGAUAAUUUUUUCUAGGGAAACCCAAAAUAUGAAAGUCAAGUCUAUAAAGCACUUAUUGCCUUGUUAAAGUGUGUGUCUCCAAAGGCACAACAGAUGGCUGCUCAAACUCUGAGAAUAGUUCAGGUUGGUGUAGUCAUUCUUUAAUCACUUCUUUUAUCCGCAUACAAAUUCUCCAAACUGAUCUCCAUACAUUUCCAUAAAGAAUUAGUUGAGAGAAUUUGAUAAUAGAUCAAGGCAUUUUCUCUUUGGUGAUCUUUUUGUCAAUUCUCAUGACUUAUCUCUUGAUAGUGCAUGGAUAUCGUUAGGAGAAAAUUGAUCUUGGUCACUACUGGGACUUAAAGGGUUAAAGGUUUUAAGCUUCAGUAGUAACCAGUUUCUUAUUCCAUAUUGGGAUAUUGGUACUUCAUCAAACUUACAUGUCAUAAGAAUAAAAUCUAAUGUGAUUAGUGUGCAAGCAUAAAAAUUCUCAGUCUAUCAGAAGGAAUAUGUUGAGAACAAAAGACAUUGGACAAGAUGCACUAUCUAAACCAGCACUAGAAAUUUUAAUUUCCUAAGUGAAUGCAGUCUUGGUGGGGACCCAAUGUCUAAUUUAAAAUAUUUCUUUACACACAAUGUAGCCGUAGCUAUUAAAGAGAUACCUAAUACAGGUAAAAAGAUUGGCUUUCCAUUGUCAACUCCCUAAUUGAGACUAAAGUAUGGAGUUUCUACCACUAAAGGAGGCAACUAGCAUCCUGUCACUUUUUUUGGAGUCAUGCUUGACCCCCGGAGAUUAUUACUGAACAAUAUUUUUGAAGUGGCUUACAAGUAUAAAUAAUCGCAUUACUUCAAGGUACAAGCAUAUUGUCAAGAGAUCAAGUUUCAAGUUCAAGUUUAUUUGUUAUACACAUGACCACAUAUUAAUCAUUACACUAUUUAUUCCCUUACCAGCCUGUGGUCGGAGCAGCAAACCCAACCAUCGUGGAACCUGUAUUGAUGCUUUUAAGAUCCCUGCACCUGGAAGUUCAGUAUGAAGCCUGUGAACUCAUCAAAGACUUAAUGCAGUAUGAUGUACAACACUCUCUGUUAAAAGGCUUAGUGGCAUUACUAAAACCUACCAAGGAUGAGAUCAAAGACAGUUCAGAGACAUCCUUCACAGGUUUGAUGCGUGAUCUGUACCUGGCCCAUGGGUGUCACUUUGUGGCUGCCUGUAAAAUUAUAUAACCUUGGGUAAUGUGCAGCUGUAGAGUCAAAUUUCUACAUUACUCUUUUAAGUCCCAAGAGGGACCAAUGUCAAUUUUCUCCUAACACUGGGAAACUGCCCACCUACUCCUCCCCUAGGCUAACAUUAACACUUACUUCUCACUUAGCGCAAAAUGAUGGCUUAGGGGAGGGAAGGUGGGCAGUUUCCCCCAAAACCUAAAUCGAUCCAAUUGUGGCACAAAACUUAUCUGAUAUGUGACACUCCACUUAUGAGAUCAAUGAAGCUAAGCCUCAACUCCUUUACAGAAAUCACGCCAAUUUUCUCCCAGGUAAUCGAAAAAUCUUAGUCUUUUUUCAUAUAAAUCAAAUGCUGGGCAUCCUGGAUUUCACAGACUCAGAGCACUGGGCUCCUUUCAAAUUUUCACCACAUAGAAUACUUUUGCUUUUCUCUGAUAGAUCCUGAUGCACCACAGCUCCAGGCCCCACUACCUGUGUUUGUACAGCAGGCAGCAGCUGCUAAAAUGAUCGGGUGCGGCAAGUCAUUUAUAGUGGUAGUAUAAUAAAAUUGUAAUGUUGGUGAUGGGGCUGAGAGUGAGGGUUGACAAAGGAACUGUAGACAAAUUUCCUGCAUCUUUAAUAAUCUGUGAGGAGUUUGCCUGUAACGUAAUCUAACCCCGUUUAGUAACAUCUUUGAAGCAGCACUGAUAUCCUUGUUCAGAGCCCUUAACGGUCUCAGCGAGCUACCGGAAAUGUGUUUCAAAUUCUUUCAACCUGGCAAGUACUCAAAUCCUGGUAGACAGGUGGGGACCCAGAACAAAGAUUUGGGCGCCGUUUUGCAGACGGACUUAACCAGAACAGUUUGGUUCCCUCUGUGGCGCAAGCUAGAGAUUGCCUUCAAGUUGUAUGGUACAAAAAUAAUGUAAUGCAGUGAAAGAUAAUUUGUAGAAUUUAUCUGCUGGUCAAAGGGAACAUGGAGACAAACUAGCAUACCAGUGUAUUGGGUAAAUUCUUCAGUAACGUCAGAUUGAAUGUUUUUUUCUAAAUUUUAUUUCCGUUAGUACUUUUAGUAGGGAAUAAUGCUUGGCUUUUUUUAUUAUAUGAAAUUAAAAGAGGGAAACCGAACUAAAACCUGAGAAUUCGUGUUAACGGAGUCUGGAAAAUUAUUGAUACAAUCGCCGUGAGGCACUUUAUUAUGUAUUUUACAAUUUUUUCUUUAGAUAAUUUUGUAUUGAUUUUUUUACUUUAUUUUCAGAAUCCUGGCUAAAGAGUCAGCAAAAACAUCAGAAAGUCUUGUUCAGGUAGAAACAAAAUCGGUGCAUUAAUUAAUUUUCUGUCAGUUCGAAAUAUUUUUUCGCUAACGAAAUUAUUUGAUUUCGAUAAAGCUACGAACUGUCCAUGGAUUGUUGUUUGCUAUGGGAAAUACUCUACACGCUGACAGUCAAAGACAAUCAGGAAUUGCUUUGGAGGUGGGUGUGGCUUUUUACUACAAGAUCUCAACUCUCCCUCGGGGAUAGUCAACAACGUUGUAUACGGGAAAGCUCCGCCCCGGGGUCUAACCCCUUAUCCUUUUAUAUACCAUUUUUGGCAGAAGAGCACCCCUUUCUUAUACCUUCUAUAGACAAAUGGUACCCUUUGCGGGUGGAGCCUUCCCGGUUAGGCCAUUAUAGGGAGUACCACCUGGGCAAUAUUCUGACAACAUUUGUUGUGAAUAUUAACUGCCGUUCUUUGUCAUUUAGUACAAGAUCACUUUUUAUAACAACAAGGAAUAUUUUAAGGGAGUGAAUAUGUUUGUGAAAAGUACAUGACAUUACCGAUGUGUAAUUUUUCUACAGUUUUUCGUGCGAUCCUUUCCUCUGGUGAAUGAUCGAGUGCGCGAAGCCCUUGGUGACACAUUUUACGAAGAAUUCAUGGUACGUCUUGAAAAUUUGAAAGGCUUGACCGUAAAUUUCUUGUUCUAGGUGUUCAAAUAGUGGGGGCGGCGCGAAGAAAAGUGUGUAGGAAACAAAACAGCGUAGGCGAUUGGAGGUAGGAUGAGAACGUCCUUUCACGUCCGUUUUUCCGCUUUUUUUAAAUCCGCUCUCUUUUGCGCGACACUCUCCACUAUCUGAACGCCUGAAAUUAAUAUACUGUGUGUGUGUGGCCUGCGCGCGUGGCACACAGGUGCUCGAGUGGAAACGGGAAAUUUGUAUCGGGGAAUACGAGAAGGGCACACGCGUAUCGCGCUCGAUUUCUCUUCUUCUCGAUUCUUCGGCUCUUUGAACGUCUGCCACGCAAGCUUAUGUAGAUUGUCUUUUUAAAGUUGAAAUAUGUAAAAAGCCGUACAAAAGACGUAGAAAAUAAUAGGUUAUAUGGUUUUUAUUCCUUUCAUCCAGUCGCAUCCAGACAGCAUGUACGUAAAUAUGACAGCUAUACAAGCGGAUGUACUGGUCUCAAACAAAGUCAAUAUACCUGGAGGU